UAUGUUGCGCUUAGUGUGUUCACAAACAUGUAAAGAAGAUGGUUUCAAUUUAACGUAGAGUUAAGUAGUUUUUUUUUAAUAUUACCAGUUUAUUACUUACUGUACUGUACUUAAACUUUUUUUAUACAUAAUAUUUACAAUAAGCAAUUACUUAUUUAUAUGUCAAAGUUUGGUUCUAUCUUAGUGACCAAAAAUGUUGAAAAUUCUGCUUCUAUUCACGUAUAUGUAUGUGGGUACUUCCAAUGCGAUACUUUACGACUGUUUCACUGGGGAGCCUGUCAAUAGGACGUUGUUGAGGAUCUAUCAAGAAAGGGAUGCCGUUGCAAACUGCACGGUGGAGAUAAAGCCAUGUGACCCUACCGAGUGGAGACGAGUAGACGGGUCGUGUAACAACUUGAAGUACCCAUCUCGAGGAACUCAGCGUACGCCUUCACACAGGGUACUACCUCCAGUGUUUAGCCAUGAUUAUGAACCUAGAAAAGCAGUCAGUGGCGAAUCCCUACCGUUACCUAGAAGGUUGAGGACGCAACUCUUACUAGUGGGCCGAACUACAGACAUGAAGCUAACACAACUGUUUUCUUACUACGUGUUGUUCAUGAUCUCUGACGUACUAUCCUCUCAUGACAUCAUAAAUUAUCUUCAAAAUAUAACUACAUGCUGUACUCCAGAAGGCCAGAAUAACUAUAACUGUAUCCCAAUAAAGGUUCCUGUAGACGAUCCAGUGCACAGAUUCUCGGGGGUCCGUUGCUUGAACCUCACCAGACCCCAAUCAUUCCAGACAUUUAAGUGUCUGGACAAUGGAACUACUUUCGCAAGGAUUGUUUUUCAGACUCCACUGUUUGAUCUGUCCCAUAUAUACGAGUACCGACCAGGAUUCAUCAAUAGACUUAGGACCUUUGAGAAUGGCUUAAUGAAAAUUGAGGAAGAAGAUGGAGAAUUGUUUCCUCCAACCGACCCGAACUCUAACUACUGCUACCAGAACCAACGUCCUAAAGAAACACGCUGUCAUAUGUACCAAGUAAACAAUGUGCUUGGAUCAAAUCUAUGGAUCAUCUUACUGUACAGACAUCACAACCAGAUAGCCCGGGAGCUGUACAGACUCAACCCGAGCUGGGACGACGAGCGACUGUUCUACACUGCGAGAGACAUCAACAUGGCUAUAUCAGUGCAGAUAUACUUCUAUGAACUACUGCCUAUUAUAUUUGGUAAAAGGAAUAUGAUCAGGGAUGGUCUUAUCGGUCGCGGAGAAGGAUUCAGGGACUUGUAUGACGAAACUAUUGAACCGAGGAUGUCGGACGAAUACUUUUUUGGGAUGAGAUGGUUCCACAUGAUACAGAAGACCAAUAUGAAAUUGUACGACAAAGACGGGUAUUACAUUAAAACAUAUCCUAUGGCUAACGUUACUGCUCGAACAGGAUUUUUUGCUGUCGACAACAACAUGCAACACAUUAUACAAGGCAGUUUCAGACAACUAGGGGGCACAUUUGAUUGGACUGUUGAUUAUGAUAUGGCUGACCGACUUCUUGGUGGUAUAUUGUUUUCUUCGGAUGCAACGACCAGUGAUAUAAAGAAGGGAAGGUAUUUUGGAAUGCAGUCGUAUGUUAACUAUAAAGAGUUUUGCACCAACAGGAAAUAUACGAGCUUUGCUGAUUUAAAAGACAGUUUUAGUGAAGAGGGACUUUAUCGUCUAAUGGAAGCUUACAAAGACCCUAAGGAUAUUGAACUGAUGGCAGCCAUGUGGCUUGAGAAACCCGUCAAAGGUGGUAGAAUUCCAGAAACUCUGUACUGCUUGUUGACGGAGCAGUAUAGACGGAGUAUUAAGUCUGAUAGGCAUUGGUAUGAACGACCUAAUAGACCCCAUGCCUUUACUGAAGAGCAAUUAAAAGCGAUCCGUAAAGUCACAAUAGCUGGCAUGUUGUGUGCCAUUGGUGACUUCGUGACAGAAAUACAACCACAUGCAUUUUUUGGUAUAUCUCCUAGUAAUCCUUUAACGAAAUGCAGUUCAUCUAGAAUAGGAAAAUUGGACCUGACUCCAUGGAAAGAAUGUAACUAGACAGCAUAUAACUUAACCAGAUAAAAUUUUCCAAUUAUUUGAGAAAAAUACAGUCUUCUCUCAUUAAGAUGAGUAAUUCUUGGUUAAACGAAUUAAAUGAUAACAAGGUAAUUUUCGUUUACAUAGUUUUUAUUAUAUUCUGCUGUCAAUUAAGUUGAUAAAGUGCUAUAUGUAUAGAUAUUUUUUUAAGGUUAAUAGUGUGCGCUUACUAAAUUCUUGUAAAAUAAAAUUGCAUUAAAUAAAACUAGACACUUUUUGUAAACUGCUGUUGAUAUGUACACAUUAUAAUGUACAUAUUUUAGUGUUAAAAAAACCCAUCAAAAUUUUAUAUUACUGCAAGUGUUGAGUUAAUUAACCAUUAUUAUCGGUGGUUCUAAUUUGUUAAUUUUAAACAAUUACCUACCAAAUGAAUUAAUUGACAUUAUCAGCUACCCAUUUUUUAUACUUCUUUGUAAUUGAUUAAGAUAUCUACUAAAAGUAUUGUACUUGUUUUAUUUUUACUUUUAACUGAAUUGUUAAGUAUGUGUUUACAUUUUAAUGGGAUUCCCCAAUGUAACGUUUUGGGUCCUACGUUGAUUGUAAGCAUAACAUUGUUCUUUUUUUUGUAUAAGCUUCGUCAUCUUCAUCAUCACGCUUGCCACAUAUUUUCUACAAAGAUACCAACAUAUAUAGAGUAACCUAAGUCUCAAGGUAACGAUGAAACACAAUUUUGAUAACAGUCCAAUGAAAAGUUUUCCACAAAACUUUCAACGAAUUAACAUAAAAACGAAACUUAUCAAUGGCUCUCGACUAUCCCCUCGCUACUUAAAAAAUCGAUUCAUAACAAUACUCCAUCAAAGUUGAAUGCCGUCAAUCAAUACUGUUUGAACUAAAAUGCAAGGUAGCUUCAAAAAGGGCAAGGGGAUCGCUGGGCAAACAGUGGGGGCUCACUGCGGGUAAUUUACCAAUUUACCCCAGCUCUAGUAAGCUACGGGUUUGAUUACUGAAGCUACCACCUGGUGCUUUAAAUUUGGAAGUCAAAAAUUGUAAGGUAAUUUAUCUUGUGGGAGUCAUAGCUUUUCGCCAGGUGGGCUGAAUUGAAGAGUGAAAGAUGUCUUAUUGUUUUUGGUCAGUAUUUUAUUUCUGGCUUUUAAUUAAAUAACUGUCACUGUAGAAAAUUAUAGUAUCUAUGCUGAUAAUGCAGUCAAUUGUGAAAUUUAUAGAAUAAAAACGAAUCGUGAAGUUAAAAUCUAAUUAAAAGCUAAUAUCUAAAAAUAGGUGUAACAACAGAUGAAUCCAAUAUUAUUGUAGUAACGUCAAGAAUGUAAAAGUUAUCUUAAUAACCUUGUAAACGUGUAAUGUGAUGAUUAUUACACAUUUUUAUGAAUAUUAA